AAAAAUAAUAAAUAAAUAAGAGAGAGGAAGUUGUCACCGCUACAGAAACAGACACAAAGUGACGCGCGUACAACUCUUCCAGUGUCUCUGGGUACUGAAAGUUUAGUCGGUUUGAAACGCGAUUCUGAAGGACAGGCGGGUUCUGCAGCAACAAUCCGAAUCCGAAAAACGAAGUUGGACGAAACGUAGCGAAGUUUCCGGUGCGAACUUUGGAGUUGAGUCUGUCUGUCUGUCUGUCUGCACCAGCCGGGGAACGAUGUCGGAUUACGGAGCGAUUGUUCAAAAGCUGCGGGAUUCUUUCGGCUCCCGGAAAACCCAUCCAGCAGAAUUCCGGAUCUCGCAGCUGGACGCGAUCGUGAAGCUCCUGAGAGAGAACGAGGGGGCGAUCGUGGAAGCUCUGGAGAAAGACCUGCACAAGCCAAAAUUCGAGACGAUGAUCUCAGAGAUCUCCAUAACGAUUAACGAAGCCAACUACGCCAUCAAUCACUUGGACGCGUGGAUGAAGCCAGAACACGUGGAGAAACCCCUGGUGAUGAAGUUUGAUGAGUGUUUUAUCCGGAAGGAGCCUCUCGGUGUGGUUCUGAUCAUCGGAGCCUGGAACUACCCGGUCCAGCUGGUCCUGGUGCCCCUGAUAGGAGCGAUCGCAGCGGGUAACUGUGCUGUGGUGAAGCCCUCUGAGCUCAGUGACUCCACCUCCUCCCUCCUCGCGGAACUCCUCCCCAAAUACCUGGACCAGAGUUGCUUCUCUGUUGUUUGCGGAGCAGCCAAAGAGACGACUGAACUGCUGGAGCAGAGAUUCGACCACAUAUUCUUUUCAGGGGGCGCGUCCGUGGCUCGCUCGGUGAUGCGCGCCGCUUCCUGUCACCUGACCCCCGUGACGCUGGAGCUGGGGGGUAAGAGCCCCGCCCUGGUGGAGGGGAGCUGUGACGUCACGGUGACGGCGCGGAGGCUGGUCUGGGCCCGGUUCUUCAACGCGGGUCAGAGCUGCGUCGCCCCGGACUAUGUGCUCUGCACCCCGGAGACACAGCGCCUCCUGCUGCCCGCGCUCAGGGACUGCAUCGCCCAGCUCUAUGGGACGCAGCCCAGGGAGUCCCGAGACUUCGGCAGGAUCAUCAACCAGCGACACUUCGAGAGAAUCCGAGACCUGCUGAGGAAGAGCCAGGGGAGAGUGGAGAUCGGGGGAGAAACUGAGGAGGGGGAGAGGUACAUAGCCCCCACGGUGCUGGUGGACGUGAGCGAGUCAGACCCUGUGAUGCAGGAGGAGAUCUUCGGACCGGUCCUCCCGAUCCUCACUGUGGACAGCCUGGAGGAAGCCAUCAACUUCAUCAACCGCAGAGAGAAACCACUGGCACUGUAUCUGUACACUAGAGACAGCAAGGUGGUUACCAAGGUGAUGGAAUGUACCAGCAGCGGGGGGUUCUGCUCCAAUGAUGGACUGGUCCACAUGACUGUGAUAACACUGCCGUUUGGAGGAGUGGGCUCCAGUGGUGUGGGUCGUUACCACGGCAGGUUCAGUUUCGACUCGUUCUCUCACCAGCGCUCCUGCGUGCUGCGCGGCUUCGGGCUUGAGUGGGCGAACCAGCUGCGCUACCCGCCCUACAGCGAGCAGCAACUGGAGAGACUGCUGCAGGCAACGCAGGAUUAUUAA